CGGUUACAGCCAUGGGAAUGAGCCCGUGGUCGUGGCUUCAGUCUGUUCUGCGGAGGAGAUUCUGAUGUCGUAAACCGCAUCCACUUGGCUGACAGGAUAAAGAAAUAUAAACACAAAAAUAAUCAAAAUGGAACAUUCCUGGCCGAAUGGACAGUUGAUUCUACUCAAAUAGGGUUGAACAGUGCAUCGUUUCCAACCUGGGAGAGAGGCUCUAACUUGACAUGCUCAGAAUUUCCAGAAAUAAUGUCAGCAAGGAUGUGUUUGUCACAUUCACAGAUGACCCAAGGUGGAAGGACAAAGCCAAGAUUCUGAAAGAUGCCAGUGAUCUAGAACGGAAGGGAUAAAUGAGCUGGCUGAGAGGAAGCGAGACAGGGAAGUGAUGGUCUUUAAUUGACUCCCUGGCUUAAGAUCAGCAACAAGGAACAGAACCAAGAGCAGGAAGAGGCUUUGAGCCUGGUGUAAGAAACACAGAACAAGGCAGGCUGCCAGGGACUAGCCACACAGUGUGGCAGCGGGCUGGGGUGGGCAUAUGAUGAAGAUAAAAAUAAGUUUUCUGGAGAAGCUGGAGGGAAGAGGUUCGCAGAGGCUACCUGAGGGAGCCCUGGAGGCACACCGAGGCCAGGAUUUAAGAUGUCUUUGUUGGUCAGACUUCAUAGAAGACAACAUGGAAGACCUUCGGUAGCUAAAAGGGAAUAUGCAACAGUCAUAGGUCAUCGGUUGCAGGAUCAUGGCCUCGUGGUGGAAAUGAUUCACCUUGCCUCUGAGUCAGGCCUCACUCGAGCACUCCAGGAAGUUAAAGAUGAUGGGUCCCCAUUUUGUAUUCUUGUUGAACAGUCUAAUGUAAAACUUUCCUCUUGCACCGUAAUUAUGCUUCAUGCGUCUAUCAAAAUACAUCGUCACAUGCCUCUGGAGGAUGCCCUGGUGCUGGUGGCUAAAGAAUAUAGGAGACUUUUCAAUAAACGGGAGCAGCAGGAACACACUGGCAUUUCUCGGAUGGCUGGAGAUCUGGUAGAUGACUUCUUGGCCAGGGAGUGCCUUACCAGCUACUCUGUCCCCUCGGGCAUUCAGCAUCUUCUCUUCCUGUUGAAUGAAGGCCAACAUUUGUACAUGAAUGAGCUGGACCUGCUCAUCGACUACCUGAGGACCAGGAAAGGACAACUGGAAGGCUUUGAGAUGCCAAGUCCUUUGGCCAGUAGUGAUCACUCCUCAUUCCAAGGCAGGAAUAACCCCAUCAUGGGCAAGCCGCCUCCACUCCUUCCAAGCCCCGGAAAGAGAUCCUUCCCAGGUCCUCCUCCCCCGGUUCCUGCCAAGUCCCCUUUGAUAGGUGAGAGGCCAGGAGGUCUCCUUCCGCAGCCAGGAUUGGUCAACCGCAAAAGUCCGUUUCCCCCUCCCCUGCUGCUGGCAGCCCCCUCCAAGAGGCCUGCUCCUUUAGGAUGCCUCCCUCCCAAGCCUGCCAAGCAUCCAUUACUUGGGAAGAAACCAGACCUUUUAGCACCACCACCAGUUCUUUUGCAGUCGGUGCUGCACAGGCGGACAGUUCAACCUGUGACUUUGCUGAACUAAGGGAAGCUUCUCUGAGCUAGAAGAACAACAUAGCUGUACCCAAACAGCAACCUCGCUCACUUCCAAGGACCAAGGCCCCUGAUUGGCCUGCAGCACUGAUGUCCAGGCAGUGGGUACAGACGUGGCAUCCCUUCUGUCCCAUACAUAGUCCCAUUGAUGCUUUUUUCCUGUUUGGAACCUUUUUGUGCCAAACUAGAUGUUUGUGGAUGGUCGUUGUUAUAGACGUUGAAUCUUGAAAUUGUUCAAUUAUAUACAUGUUAAAAACCAAUGAAAACGUCUAGCUUUCAUAUACUGGUUGCUCCCUUUAAAAAAAAAAACAAAACUUUUUAUUUUGGAAUAAUUUCAGAUUUACAGCAAAUUUGCAAAAAUAGUACAGAGAGUUCCCUUUAUCCAUCUUCCCCUUAACAUCUCACAUAACCAUGGCACACUUGCUAGGAAAUUAACAUUAAUAAAGUAAUAUUAACUACACUACAGACUUUAUUCAUAUUUCGCCAGUUUUUCUACUAAUGUAUAAUUUUUUUGUUUCAGGGACCUGUUCUUGGGCACCUCAUUGCAUUUAGGCCCCUUUUAAUUUUAUUAUGUUCCAGUUUUUUAUUGUGAAAUAUUUUAAUAUAUAGAAAAUUCAAGUGAAUAGUAUAGUGAACACGCAUGUGUUCUGCAUCUAGAUUCAGUAAGUGUUAACAUUCUGCCACUUUUUAACUUAUGUGUAUGAUGUAUAAAUAAAAUUUUUUCUCAACCAUGAAAAAAAAUAAAGUUUUCUGGGCUGUUCACAGAGCCAGUGUGGGAG